CGUACCGGAAGUUCCGGGUCUUGCCCCGCCCCACAGCUGCUGUACUGGCUGAGGGCUUGCGUUCUGAGGCUCUGAAGGUUGGUGGGAGGGCGAAAGACCCAUCUGAAUCCUGAAGAGUGGGACGAGUAUCUGGCCGUUGGCGGCGGCGGGAACGCAAGAGGGUGCGGGCGGCGGGACCUGCGGUGCACGGGUGAGGGCGGACCCGAGCGGGCCCAGGAGGCGACACGAGCCCCGUGCUGGGAGGGGCGACUCGACUGUGCUUUCCUGACUGCUGGGUCAGGGCCAGCUAGUGCUCCAGGUGUCGGCUUGCGUGGCUUCAGAAGCUGCGAGGGAGACGGUCGCCCGGCGAGGUCCACGUGUCAGGGCCGGGGUCUGAAGACCACGGGAAUUGGGCAGCUCCACCUCCGAGCGAGCUUGUUUUUACCAGUGUGACCUCAGUUUACAUCUGUUUCUUUGAGACGAGGGGAUGAACAGUCUGCGGCCCUUAAUCGCAACCGAUGAACUUGAAUGGCGUAUAGACACCUAGCCGGCUACAGCUGUAAGCACACUUCUGGGUGUGUUAGUGAUUGACGUGUGGGCCAGCCAACUGAGGCUCAAUUACCCGCCCCGGAUGUGGGUGGCACCAGCCAAUAGGCUUGUGGCCCGGAUGGAGGGCCAUGUGCUGGGUUUUGAAGCGCUCAGUUGUUCAAUUGAGCAGGUGAGUGUUUUGUUGCGGUCACCUUUGGUAUGGCUCUCCACCUCUCCAGUUUCUUGUUUCCCUGCACAGACUGGCAGGCGCCGCUCUCCAGCGAACUUCCAGGCCUUCAUCUUUGGAUUGGUGCUGUAUCCUUGAUCCCUCUAGUUCUAUGGAUUCCUUGUUAGGCUGUGUAGUUACCGGAUCCUCUGGCUCUCCUUCGCUCAGACGGCCAUUGUGGACUCCCCGACCUCUGAUUCUGUAAGCCUACAGCUAUCCAUCCUGAGUCCUCCUCCAAAUGUCCUCUGUAUGGACACAGUCUUCUGUGUGUUCCCAAGACCAACAAAAAAAUGAAGAAAUCUCUGCCCAGAUGAAUGCUGGACAGGAUGUGCAGAUGCUGGCCUUAGGACUCAGGAGCCCAAUUUCCUUUCUCAGAGAAGGAGGACAAAGAGCUAAAGAUGGCUGGAAGUGCUAAAGUGUCGGUGUCCUUUGAGGACGUGGUUGUGAGCUUCACUCGGGAGGAGUGGCAGGUCCUGGAUGAUGCUCAGAGGACGCUGUACAGGGACGUGAUGCUGGAGACCUACUGCAGCCUACUGUUGCUGGGGCAUUGCAUCACUAAACCUGAGGUGAUCUUUAAGCUGGAGCAAGGAGCAGAGCCAUGGAUGGGAGAAGAACCCCUAAACCAGAGCCCCUCAGAUGUCCAGAAAGUGGGUAACGUAAUUGAGCCCAGCUACAAGAGUCAAGGAUGGCAUUUGUGGCAAGUUGUUCUUACCACUAACAACACAUCAGCUGAGGAGAGAGUUGAAUUGGGAUUUGAGCUCAAAGUCCUUGAGUCAAAUUUUGAUUUCAGCUCCAGCCAAAGUUUAGAUUUGGUUACAACUAAUGGAGACUCUUCAGCAAUGGUGGAUCUCCCCAGUGAGUCUGGUGAGAUGGAUGCUGGAGAGAAACCUAAUCAGUGCCAUCUAACUGGGAAGACCCUGAGAUGUCCUGAGCAUUUCAGUCAGCAUCCCAAGAUGCCAACUGGGCAGCAGGAUUUUCAAUAUAGUGGACAAUGGAAAGCCUUCACCAGGGAAGCAAAAUUAUUGAAAGAAUGUAUUACACAUAAAAGGGUUCCUAUGGGACAGGCCUGCUGGGAGCAUAAUGAAUCUGGGAAAGCCUGUGAGAAGUCAGCUCUCAUUGCUACAGUAGGAAGGAAAACUCUUCAUGAAAAUUGUGAUCUCACCACACAUCAGACACACACAGGGGAGAAAUCCUGUGAAUGUGAGAAAACCUUCCUUAUACAACAGAAGAAACAUUCAGAGAAAGAACCCUAUUCAUCCGAUCGAUGUGAGAAUUCCUCCAGCUAUAAGUCAGGCAUUCCUAUGCAGCAGAAUUUUCCUAUUGGGGAAAAGCCCUAUAAAUGUGAUGAAUGUGGAGAAGCCUUUAGCACUAAGUCAGACCUCAUGAGGCAUGAAGGUAUUCAUGCUUGGGGGAAACUGUAUGAAUGUAAAGAAUGUGGGAAAACUUUCUGCCGUAAGUCAUCCCUCACUAUACAUCAGAAAAUUCACAGUGCCGACAAGCCCUAUCAAUGUACUAAAUGUACAAUAGCCUUUCGCAAGAAGUCACAGCUCCGGAGGCACUGGGGAAGAAUUCACACAGAAGAGAAACCUAAAGGAUGUAAUGAAUGUAAUGAAUGUGGAAAACUUUUUCACAGAAAGUCUCAUCUCAUAAAGCAUCAGCGUACGCACACAGGUGAGAAGCCCUAUGAAUGUGUUCACUGUGGAAAAUCUUUUGGCCAGAAGAUACACCUCACAAAGCAUCAGCGUACUCAUACGGGUGAGAAACCCUAUAAAUGUAGUCAGUGUGGAAAAUCCUUUGGCCAGAAGAUACACCUCACUAAACAUGAGUCAAUCCACACUAUGGAGAAGCCCUACAAAUGUAAUCAGUGUGGAAAAUUCUUUGGCCAAAAGACUUACCUCACUAAACAUCAGAUGAUCCACACUGGGGAGAAACCCUAUGGAUGUGAUCAGUGUGGAAAAUCCUUUGGACAGAAAACUUACCUCACUAACCAUCAGAUGACACACACCAUGGAGAAACCCUAUAAAUGUAAUGACUGUGGAAAAUCCUUUGCCUAUAAGUCGUACCUCGCUAAGCAUCAGAUGACACACACUGGGGAGAAACCCUAUGGAUGUAGCCAGUGUGGAAAAGCUUUUCGCCAGACUUCACACCUCAGCAAGCAUGAGAGAACUCAACAUGGGAGAAAGGCUUCUACACACACAGGGGAGAAAUCUUGCGAUUGUCUUGAAUGUGAGAAAACCUUCAUUACUAAAUUAGACCUUAUAAUACAUCAGAAGAAACAUUCAGGGAAAAAACGCUAUGCAUGUAACCAGUGUGAGAAAUCCUUCAGCUACAAAUCAGACCUUAUUGUCCAUGAGAGAAUUCAUACCGGAGAAAAGCCAUAUGCAUGCAAUAAAUGUGGAAAAACCUUCAGUCGGAAGUCCACUCUCACCAUCCAUGAGGUAAUUCACACUGGGAAGAGCCGUAUGAAUGUCAUGAGUGUGGGAAGACAUUUCACCAGAAGUCAAACCUUACCAGUCACCUGAGAACUCACACAGGAGAGAAACCCUAUGAAUGUAACGAAUGUGGAAAAGCAUUUGGCCAGAAGUCAAACCUCAGAACGCAUCAGUGUAUUCACACAGGGGAGAAACCCUAUGAAUGUAAAGAAUGUAGGAGAAGUUUCUCAUAAGCCAGCACUCACCAUACAUGAGCGAACUCACACUGGGGAGAAGCCCUAUGAGUGUAAUGAAUGUGGUAAAACCUUUUGCCAAAAGUCCUACAUCAGGAAGCAUCAGAGGACUCACACUGGGGAGAAACCCUAUGAGUGUAAUGAUUGUGGAAAAACCUUUGGCCAGAAGUCCUAUCUCAGUAAACAUGAGAUAAUCCAUACUGGGAAAAGACCCUAUGAAUGUAACCAAUGUGGAAUAACCUUUUCCCAGAAGUCAAACCUCAGUAGGCAUCAGAGAACUCACACAGGAGAGAAACCCUUUGAGUGUAAUGAAUGUGGGAAAACCUUCGGGCAGAAGUCAAGCCUCACAGUCCAUCAGAGUUCUCACAAAGGGCAAAAACCGUAUGAACGUCAACAGUAUAGGAGAGGUUUCUUCCAUUAGGCCCCACUGUACACAAGAAAAAUCACAUUGGGUAGAAACCAUAUGAAUGUAAUCUAUGUGGAGUGAACUUUGAGCAGAAGUUACAGUGCAUUGCACGUGCAAUAACCACACCUGUGGAGAAGCCCUGUGAAUGUAUUUGAAGAGGAAAAACCUUUUGACAGAUGUCGUAACUUAGCAGGCAUUAAAAACUCACAUGGGAAAUAACUUUGAACAUAGAAUAACUUUCUCAGAAAUCACUCCUCAUGCAUAAUGGCAAAAUAUUCUUUGCAGAAACUAGUUAUGUCUCCUCCCCAAAACCAUUUUACUCUGUUUGGAAUGCAGCCUUCAUUUCUACCUUUAACUUACUAUGGCCAUCAAUAGUUAACUGAGCUCUGCUUGGAGAAUAUGGACAGUGAUGAGCAUUAUGUCCAGGCCUGACAACAUAAAGACAGUGACCAUGCAGUUCACUAUAUAAUUUCUCGCCUUGAGCACUGACAAGCAGGUGACUCUCAGGAUGACCUUGGGAGAUAAAUAAGAAAAGGUCGCUGUGAGUUAAAACAAAUGAAGAGAACAAAGAUCUUUCCAGGGUAUCCCUGUACCCUCCAUUUUUUUUUUUUUUAAUGAGAGAGAGAAGUAAGUACCAGUUCUGGUGUUCCAUUUUUUGUGUGUGUUAUCUGUUUGCAUUGUGCCACCAGGAGUCCAGUUCUUUUAUCAGAAAAUGUAUACAGUAGAAAACUUGGUGUUGUCAUCUUUCAUCCCCAAGUCAGUUUUUGGAAGAAUUUUUUUUAAAUGUGGAGAUAUAAAGAAUGGAACAAAUUUGGGAAUGCCUUUAUCAGGCAGUGAUAUCAGUGAAGAGUGAGAAUAAAAUAAAUUUAUAUCCUCAAUUUGUGAAGGCUUUUAAUAAAAUAUGCAUUUAUAAUGUAUCAGAAUUUGCAGUGAAGGAAAAUGCCAAUUUUAUCUAAUAGAGAGCUAGGUUUUAAAAUACAAAUGUUAAAUAUAGUAUCAAAAAUAGAGAAUAUUUCAUAAUAUCCCAAUGAAAUAUGAAUGGUGAUAUUGCCAAGCAGGGUACAUCUCACUGUUUCUAGAGGCUUUUUUUUUUUAUUGUAAUGGGAGUUGGGAGGUGCUGCCUGCAUCUGUGAGAAGAGGCCUGGAAUGCAGCUACACAGCCUGAAGAUCAUGGAACAGCCUCCUCAACAAUACUGGGUUUAGGGCUGGGGAUUUAGCUCAGUGGUUCCGGUGUCUGCCUCGAAAGCACAAGGUCCCAAGUUCGAUCCCCAGUACCAAAAAACAAAAAUACUGGGUUUAUACAUAAGAGUAUUUCAUGUUAGAAAUUUUCCUUAUUGGGAUCUAGAGUUAGGGGUGGUAGUUCAUAUACUGUUAAUAAAUACUGUGGUUUAAAUUAA